AUGGAAACUAUUUUGCAGCCAAAGGCUAGACCAUUUGAGUCUUUGAAAAGAAAACGUUUUAGAGAAUGGUUGAGGCCGUCGACUGCGCAUGGAUCCCUGUUGCAUUCUGAUACAUUAGAUUUGCGUGACUUUGCAAAACCUAAUCCCGCUGACACAUUUUCUAAUCUUGAUUCUGGUCAUUGUCCUUUGGUCACAACUCCAAUAAAAUAUGAGUGCCCAGAUGGAAAGAGUUCUUUUUUCCGAGGAGACACUAAAUUUGAAACCCUGUUCAGUAAUAGAAAAUUCUAUGAGUUCAAAGAUAAUUUGAAAAGGGGAUUGAAGAAAAUACGUCAUGGGAGAAACGGACAUCAAAGCGAAAAGAGAUGUCCAGUUGUUGAAGAAACAAAAAAGUCUGUGUCAGAUAAUCUGGACAAACCAGACAAUAAUACGCCCUGUUUCGACAGAUUCCACACAAAUUCGAAAGAAUUUGAAACGCAAUUUGAUCAUUCAAAUAGGAGCCAAAAUUCCGAGAAGGCUUAUCUAGACAAUGAAUCCUGUUGGAACCUAAGUGAGAAAUUUAUUCCUUUUAAUAAUUUAAAAUAUGAAGAUUUGAAACAUUUUGAAGAGAAUUUGCAAAGCUUAGCGCCUGCAACUUUUACUCCAAUUGAAUCAAAUGAAUCGCUUGAUAGGUCAGAUUCGACACGUGGCACAAAACGAAGCAUUCGCAAUGAUUCCAGUGAUACAACAUCUGAAAAGAGGCUAUGCUUAAAACAAUACUCAGAUGAACCUGAAUCGGAUCAUUCGAUGGAAAGUACACCAUCCAUUUACAUUACCAAAGAAGUUCAAGAAAGAAUUGAAGCAUUAAGCUCCACGGAUUCGUUUUUAAUUGAAAAAGUAGAUUUUCCCUCUAACAAAAUUGGUUCCAGUGCCUCCGAUUAUGAAAGUGAUAACGAAUACAGAAAUAUGGAUGAGGAUUCAAUAAACGAUGUUACCACUGAGAAAGAGGGAAAUGUGGUCAUACCAGACUCUAAUACUAGCACGGUGGACGCAAUGGAAAAACCAAUUGAAGUGAGCUCGGCCUUAAAAGAUGAUACAUUGGAUAAAGACAUAGAUGAUGCGAGCAGUAGCUAUUCGGAUGAUGUAGAGACCACAUUCGAGCCAGUUGAAUCUGAGGAACUUUCCGAUUUAUCUGAUACAAGCUCAAGUGGAAGUAGUAAAAUUUAUACUAUCCCCACAUUUCGCGGCCUUACUAAUAGGACCAAUAUAUCACAAAUUCUUUCAAAAGUUGGUAAAGCUGAUUUAAGCCAAGAUAACUUAACGCAUUUGAUCAAAAGUCAUCAAAAAAAGAAAAGAUGCGUGAAUUUUAGAAAUAAAAGAUUCUAUGAUGCUUUCAAUCCAUAUGUUGAUAACGAAGAAGAUGCAGAGUUAUCUGACAGCGAAAACAUUUCAGAAAUGGAUACAGAUCUUUGUAUAAAGGAUCGGAGUACCUCAAGUGUUAGGUUUGAUGAAAACUCACGUCUUUUAAUCUACAAAAAAUCUAAAAAGUUAAACAAAGAUGAGACUCAAAGUGGUUAUUCGACUACUGAAAUGAGGUCAAUUCUAAAGACAAAGAUGAAUUCACAGCAUGAUGAGGAGUCUCAGAGAGCUUCGAAGUGUGACACAGUAGGUGUAGCCCAAUUUUUACAUUAUUUUCAAUAUACAGAGUAUAAAAGGCAGAGAAAUGAAGCAGAAAAUUAUAGACUGAGAGGAGAGCAACUAAGCAAGUACUAUUCUGAAGAAUAUCCUUUGGAUUUUGCGGCUGUUGAAUGCGAAGAUUCCGUUAAUGAUAAAUCUGAUAUCAUACUUAGUAUGAGAGCUACGGAAAGAAACAUUGGUAGGCAACUGAAAGGUAUAAGUAGUCAAGGGGCACAAAUUAUAUCGCUUGAUGAGGAUGUUUUUUGA